UCUGGAUCACAAGUACAGAAAGAAAUGUAUUGCAGCAGUAAGCUAACGUUAAGGACUCUCUUGGUGCGUUAGCUACAAGCUGCUAGAGAAAAUAGCUGCUCUGAAAUUGUAUUGACACAUACUUUAAAGACAAGAAAUCACCCCGUUAUGGAACCACUACACAAAGACGAGAAGCCAAAUCCAUUUGCUACUGCUGGUGUCUUUUCCAAGAUAUUUUUCUGUUGGUUAAAUCCUUUAUUUCGAAUUGGAUAUAAAAGAAAGCUAGAAGAAGAUGAUAUGUACAAAGUGCUUCCAGAAGAUCGAUCAGAAAGACUGGGAGAGGAGCUACAGUGGUACUGGGAUAAAGAAGUCGAGCAAGCGAAGAAAGAUCUGCGGGUACCAAAGCUUACGAAAGCUAUUUUGAAAUGUUACUGGAAGUCAUGUGCUGUUUUAGGGGCUUUCACGUUGAUAGAGGAGACUAUCUGUGUAAUCCAGCCUCUGCUUUUAGGCAAAUUGAUUCUUUUUUUUGAAACCUACAAUCCUGAUGACAGGGAUGCACUGUAUGUCGCUUAUGGAUAUGCGGCAGGUGUGUCUCUCAUAACAUUUGUGUUAGUUAUUCUCCACCACUUGCAUUUUUAUCAUGUCCAGAGAGCAGGAAUGACAAUUCGAGUGGCUAUGUGUCAUAUGAUAUUUAAAAAGGCCCUUUGCCUUAGUAACACAGCCCUGGGAAAUACAACAACCGGACAGAUUGUAAAUCUUUUAUCGAAUGACGUCAACAAGUUUGAUGAGAUUACAGUUUUUCUACACUAUUUAUGGAUUGGCCCACUGCUGGCAGUGGCAGUGACAGCCCUUCUGUGGCAGGAGACAGGCCCAUCAUGCCUUGCAGGAAUGGCAGUUCUUGUUUUUCUGAUGCCUCUGCAAACAUUUUUUGGUCGAUUGUUUUCAAAGCUAAGGAGCAAGACUGCAGCAUUCACAGACACACGAAUUCGGACGAUGAACGAGGUUGUGUCAGGCAUGCGGAUAAUUAAGAUGUAUGCAUGGGAAAAGCCAUUUGCAAAACUAGUCACUGAAAUCAGAAGGGAGGAGAUUUCUAAGAUCAGAAAGAGCUCCUAUCUCCGUGGGAUGAACAUGGCUUCUUUCUUCGUGGCCAAUAAGAUUAUCCUGUUUACCACUUUCACCACUUUUGUGCUGCUGGGUAACCCCAUCUCUGCCAGCAAAGUCUUUGUCACUGUGUCCAUGUACAGUGCAGUCAGCGUUACCGUAACCCUCUUGUUCCCAUCAGCUAUCGAGAAGGCCUCCGAAACCAUGAUCAGCAUUCGCAGGAUAAAGAAGUUUUUAAUGCUGGAUGAGAUUGCUAAACCCAGUGUGGAGUUACAAAAAGAAGAGAAAAAGGAUGCACUUAUUCAUAUGAAGGAUGUGAUUUGUUACUGGGACAAGAACCUGGAUGCACCGACAUUGCAGAAUGUUUCCUUCACUGUCCAUCCGGGCCAGUUGCUUGCUGUGAUAGGACCAGUGGGAGCAGGAAAAUCCUCUCUCCUCAGUGCUAUUCUGGGAGAGCUGCCUCAGGACCAGGGAGACAUUAAGGUGAAAGGGAAGCUAGCCUUUGCAGCACAGCUGCCCUGGGUGUUCUCGGGAACUCUGCGGAGCAACAUUCUGUUUGGGAUGGAGUAUGACCCGCAGAAGUAUGAGCAAGUCAUCAGAGCUUGUGCGCUCAAGAAAGAUAUAGAUAUUUUACCAGACGGCGAUAUGACUGUUAUUGGGGAUCGAGGUGCUACUCUUAGUGGUGGCCAGAAGGCCCGAGUAAACCUUGCUAGAGCUGUCUAUCAGGAUACUCACAUAUAUUUGCUGGAUGACCCUCUCAGUGCUGUGGAUGCUGAAGUAGGAAGGCACUUGUUUGAAAAGUGUAUAUGUGGUGUCCUGCGUAACAAGCCUCGUAUUCUUGUCACACAUCAGCUGCAGUACUUGCAAGCUGCAGACCAGAUUCUGGUACUAAAAGAGGGUCAUAUGGUGGCCAAAGGGACCUAUGGAGAGCUGCAGCAGUCUGGAGUGGAUUUUACUUCCCUGUUAAAGAAAGAUGAAGAUGAAGAUGAAGAGGAUGAGCAGGCUCCUACAUGGCAGAACAGCAGCAGAUCAGCACGCUGUCGCACCAUCUCCCAAAACUCUGUCUGGUCACAGACUUCCUCCAGCAAGUCCACCAUAGAUGGGACUGCAGACCUGCCUCCAGCAGAGGCAGUGACAACAGUGCUGUCAGAGGAGAGUCGUUCAGAGGGGUCCAUUGGUGUUCGACUUUACUGGAAGUAUUUCAUUGCUGGAGCCAAUUGUGCUGUCCUUCUGCUCCUGUUGCUGCUCAACCUUUUAGCACAGACCGCUUAUGUCCUGCAGGACUGGUGGUUGUCCUAUUGGGCAUCUAAACAGGAGAAGUUAAACGUUACUCAGGAUGCUCACAAUCAUAAUGGAACUCAACAGUUGGACCUUGGCUUUUAUUUAGGAGUGUAUGCAGGUUUAACAGUGGUAACUGUAAUAUUUGGAUUUAUUCGAAGCUUGCUGUUCUUUAAGGUGCUGGUAAACUCAGCACAGACUCUGCACAACCAAAUGUUUCAAUCCAUACUGAGAACUCCAGUUCGGUUCUUCGAUAUAAAUCCUGUUGGGAGAAUCCUGAACCGCUUCGCCAAAGACAUCGGCCAGUUGGACAACUUGCUUGCCUUGACAUUUGCUGACUUCGUCCAGACCUUCCUGCAGAUUGUGGGUGUGAUAGCCGUGGCUGUGUCUGUAAUCCCCUGGAUUAUAAUCCCGCUCAUUCCCCUGUUGAUCAUUUUCAUAAUCCUACGCCGGUAUUUCCUGCAGACCUCUCGAGAUAUCAAGCGCUUGGAAUCCACCACUCGGAGUCCUGUCUUCUCCUACCUAUCUUCGUCUCUCCAAGGGCUGUGGACCAUUCGUGCCUUUAAAGCAGAACAAAGAUUUCAAAGAGAAUUUGACGACCAUCAAGAUCUCCAUUCAGAGUCCUGGUUUUUGUAUUUAACCACAUCACGGUGGUUUGCUCUUCGACUAGAUGGCCUUUGUGCAAUUUUUGUCACAACAGUUGCCUUUGGAUCUCUUCUCCUCGUGAAUGAACUGAAGGCUGGCGACGUUGGUCUGGCCCUUUCCUACGCUGUCAGUCUGAUAGGAACGUUUCAGUGGGGUGUCCGGCAAAGUGCGGAAGUUGAGAAUCAGAUGACGUCAGUGGAGCGGGUCCUGGAUUACACAGAGCUAGAGAACGAGGCGCCCUGGGUGACGGAGUGCCGGCCUCCCCCAGACUGGCCAACGCACGGAGAGAUUGUCUUCGAGGGAGUGAACUUUGCUUACAGCUAUGAUGGGCCACGUGUUCUUAAGAACAUGAAUGCAGUUUUCAGAUCCAAAGAGAAGGUCGGUAUAGUUGGAAGGACGGGUGCUGGGAAAAGUUCUCUCAUCUCUGCCCUGUUUCGGCUGGCUGAACCUGAUGGCAGUAUUCGAAUUGACGGAGUUUUGACCUCUGAACUUGGACUUCAUGAUCUUCGUACGAAAAUGUCAAUCAUACCUCAGGACCCUGUGUUGUUUACUGGCACCAUGAGAAAGAACCUUGAUCCAUUUAAUGAGCACACUGAUGAGGACCUGUGGAAUACACUCGAAGAGGUGCAACUGAAGGGUGUAGUGGAAGAAUUGCCCAGUAAGAUGGAGACACAGCUGGCUGAGUCUGGAUCAAAUUUUAGUGUUGGGCAGAGACAGCUGACGUGCCUUGCCAGGGCAAUCCUCAGGAAAACGCGCAUACUGAUAAUUGAUGAGGCAACAGCAAAUGUGGACCCAAGAACCGACGAGUUAAUUCAAAAGACGAUUCGCGAAAAGUUUGAGCAAUGUACAAUACUUACCAUUGCACACAGACUUAACACUGUUAUUGACAGUGAUAGAAUACUGGUUUUAGAUGCAGGAAGAAUACAUGAAUAUGAUGAGCCCUAUGCUCUUCUGCAAAAUAAUGACAGCAUAUUCUAUAAGAUGGUUCAGCAGACUGGCAAAGCUGAAGCUGCAGGUCUUCUUGAGACAGCCAAACAGGUAUAUCUGAAAAGCAGACGCCUGAAUGCUGUGCUGAAUGCUCAGAUGCACACCACGACCAGGUCAAAAGACACAGACCCCAGUUUCAUUGUCUUUGAAAGCGCACUUUAACUGUAACAAGUUGCUCUGUAAUGCUGGCUGCACUUUUGUUCAGUGCUGGGAUUCUGAAACACUCCAAACCUAAAUUCUCAAGCACUUCAUAUAAAAAGUUUACUUGUGGUGCAGCCUGUAAUAUUCUUUAAGCCUUAAGAAUGAUCGUUUGUUCACAGAUAAUGUGAACUGUGAUGUACAGACCCAUUCUUACUAUGUGAACACGUAGGAUCUGAUGGAACCCCACUAGGGACAAAAUACCCUGAAUGUAAUUUGUAAUUCCAGUAAAUUGAAUACUUAACAGUGCCUUAUUAGAAUAAUAAGUGGCGAAGAGGACAACAGUCCUUCUUCUUCUUCUUCUUCUUCUUCUUCUUCUUCUUCUUCUUCUUCUUCUUCUUCUUCUUCUUCUUUGUAUAAUUUUAGUACGGAAGAAAAGACUUUCAAGUAUUGCCCUUGGAUGAACAGUAAAGAAGAAAUCCCAAUAAAACUGAGUUUUCUGUUUCAGGAGUUCAAAAUGCUUUAUUUUUAUGAGGUUUUAGCUCAUUUUACUCUUUGGGUUAUAUGUCGAGUCAUAGUUUGCUCAUUUUAGCAACUUCCAAGUCUUUUAACCCUAAGUAUAUUGUGGUAGCAUUACAUAGUCUGAUGAGUAUAACACUCUUAAUUGGCCAAAAAUAAUAAUGUUUUUAAAAAGACCCUUGUCAUAGCCUUAGUGCACUUUAUAACAAUUUCAAACCAAACAGAAUUAAUGCAUAAUAAAU